AUGGCGCCCUCAGAACAAAAAAAACAAGAGCCCAGGCAAGGCUUCACAGGAAAUCAUACAGGAGAACACUUAGUUGCAAAGGGGGCAAUUGCUGGAGGGAUCGCUGGCGGUUUAGAAGCACUUCUAAAGUAUCCGACCUAUUUUAUAAAGCACCGACUGCAAGACGAUCCCGAACAUAAGAAAUAUGCUGGGACCCUCGAUUGUGUAAAGAAAACUAUCCGACGACAUGGAGUCCUUGGGCUUUAUCGUGGUGUCGGUAUCAUGCUGGUGUCCGGCAUUGCAACAGUCGCUUCAAGAUUUGGGGCCUAUGAAUUCUUUUGCGAUGAACUCCAUGAUGAGAAUGGCAAAAUUUCCAUGUUGAAUGUAUUUAUAUCUGGUUUAUUGGCGGGCGUCACAGAGGCUGUGGUAGCCGUAACUCCUUUGAGAACCAUUCGAUUGAAGCUUAUUAACGAUAUGCAUCUACCUCGUCCACGUUAUCAUGGUAUGCUCCAUGGCGUGACUCACAUCUUAAGACGGGAAGGUAUUCGUGGUAUUUAUAGGGGAGUGUCGAUCACAGUAUUGAGACAGGGCACCAACCAGGCUAUUCGCUUCUUUCUGAUGAUCACUCAAAAAGAAAUGUACAUGGGCGACGAUGAAAACUCGCUGGUACCCAUGCCAUUGCUGGCCAUCUUUGGUGUCAUAUCUGGCGCUGCUAAUGUACUGGGUCACAUCCCAAUGAAAUGGAUUCAGAAACGAAUUCAGGCUGCCAAGUCGCAAAAGUAUAAGAAGGUAUUGGAUAAUGCUGCCACGGAAUUACAAGUCUUUGGACCUGGAAAAUUUUUCAUGACUUCGACUAUCCAGAUGCUGCGUGUGGGAAUCGACGUGGCUGUCACCUUCAUGGUUUACCAGUGUCUGAUGGAAAACGUGUUUGACCAUCUGUGGAACUAAAGUUCAUAUGUAUUUCAAGUAAACAAAUUUGAAAAGUACUAAAAACAUGUUGUUCUACACUCUAGAGUUGCAAUUC